AUGGAUCCGGUUGAGAGGGUCUGCCAGGAGCUCGCGCAGGGCAAUUCCAGUGCUGCCAUUCUGCCCUCCUCCAGCCGAUACAGCGCGCUAUCCGACGAAAAUUGGUCUGCCACGGCCUGGGCAAAGCCAUCCUGUAUCGUGCAGCCCAGACAGAUAGCGGAUCUUCAGGCUAUUGUACGACUGGUGACUCGGGACCAGGUUCCUUUUGCGAUUCGGUCCGGGGGCCACAUGCCGUCCCCGCUGGGCGCCAACAUCAACCGGGGAGUCUUGAUUGAUAUGUCGGGGUUUAACAGUUUUCUAUACAACUCCACGUCUACCUUGGCAACAGUGGGUAUGGGCCAGACAUGGUUGACCGUGUAUGAAGGACUGGAGGUCUACAAUCGUACCGCGGUGGGCGGGCGGGUGCCCGAAGUGGGCGUAGGAGGCUUACUUCUCGGCAGUGGGUUGUCAUAUUUGUCCGACCUGUAUGGCCUAGCCUGCGACAACGUUGUUGAUUUUGAGAUUGUCCUUGCUAAUGGAUCCGCCGUUCAUGCCAAUGCCCGCGACCAUGCCGAUCUUUUCUGGGCGUUGAAGGGAGGGGCGAACAAUUUCGGUAUUGUCACCACAGCCACGAUCCAGACCUACCCGAUGGGCCCGGUCUGGGGGGGCAUCAAAUGGUAUUCCAGUGAGCAAUUGCCCGCGGUGAUGGAGGCGCUCUACGAAUACCAGACCGCGCCCAACAAAGACCCCUACGCGAACCUGAUGGUGGAGGCGGUGCCGCUGAACAGCACGGGCGGAGUGAUCCUCAACCUGGUGUAUUUGAAGCCCGAGCCCGCCCCCGCCGCCUUUGCCCCCUUCGCCGCCCUCCCCACCGUCCUGGAUACCACGCAGAUCCAGUCCUUUCUCACCUUCAUGAGCGGAGCCGUGCUCCCCGACCUCCCGCGCUGGGACUGGCACGCGACCAGCUUCACCCCGUCCCGCCGCCUGUACAGCCAGCUCGCCGAUCUCUUCCUCUCCCCUCGAACCACCAACGCCAGCGACAGCGACCGUGGCAGCGGUCGCACCGGACCCCUGGCGCAGCUCAAUCCCGUCCUCGGCCGCACCUUGUCGGUCGGCUUGCAGCCCAUCUCCGCGAGCGCCGUCCUGGCGGGCACGGCGCCCGGCCGCGGCGCAGGCAACGCGCUGGGCCUCCAGCCCGUGAACCAGACCUGGCUCGUCCUCGACAUCGGGUGGGAGUUGGCGGCCGAUGACGCGCGGGUGCACCGCGCGACGGCGGGCGUCCGGGCGGAGAUUGAGGCGCUCGCCCAGCAGGAGCGGAGCGACCUCGAGUACAUCUUCAUGAACGAUGCCAGUUGGGACCAGGAGGUGAUCGCGCAUUACGGCGAGGCCAACGUGCGCCGGCUGAGGGAGGUGCAGCGCCGGUAUGAUCCGGACUUGGUCUUCCAGCGGCUCGUGCCGGGAGGAUUUAAGCUUGGAUCAGGCGAAAGCUUUACAUGA